AGCUGACGCUCUUCAGUGACGUUCUUUGCUGUUUACAGUUCUGCCGUUUAGCUUCAGCUCAAGUUCUCUCAGGUUUUCCCAAGUUCUCGUAUUUCCACCAUGGGAUGCGACGGUGGAACCAUUCCUAAAAGACACGAACUGGUUAAAGGACCGAAAAAGGUUGAAAAGGUUGAUAAAAACGCAGAACUUGCUGCCAAAUGGAGAUAUUGUGCAUUGAGUCAAGAGAAGCUGAAGAGGCCCAUAGUCGCCUGUGAGCUGGGCAGACUGUAUAAUAAAGAUGCGAUCAUUGAGUACUUGUUGGAUAAAUCAGCGGAGAGGCCGAACACCGAGGUUGUUGCACACAUCCGUAGCCUCAAGGACGUGAAGGAGCUGAAUCUGACAGAUAACCCAGCGUGGGAGGGUGAGAGACACAACAUUAAAGGGGACCGUUAUGAAGACAUGCACUGUGCUAUGUUCAUCUGCCCUGUGGUUGGUCUGGAGAUGAACGGAAAACACAAGUUUUUAUACCUGCAGACCUGUGGGUGUGUUUUCUCCGAACGAGCGCUCAAAGAGGUGAAGACUGAAAUCUGCCACAAGUGUGGAGAUCCUUUCCAAGAAGACAACCUUGUGAUGCUGAAUGGGUCUAAAGAUGAGGUGGAGAAGCUACAGAAGGCCAUGGAGGAGCACCGAUUAAAGGCUAAAACUGCAAAAAAAUCUAAGAAGAGCAGAGAUACUAAAGUCUCCAAGUCGCUGGAAUCAACAGGAAGCUGUGACACCUCAGAGACUCAAUCUACAUCACUGAACGGAGAAGGCAGCAGUGGAAGCUGCGGUGAUUCAGCUCCGGGACCGUCCACAUCCGGCGAGUGCUCUAAGAUGUUAAAGGCCCCCGCGGGACCCAUCGCUGGCAGUAAGAGAUCCAUCCAGGAAAUGAAGGACAAAUCCGAGACCUACAAGUCACUCUUCACCUCCCACAGCUCAGCCAAACGUACCAAAGACCAGACGUCCAACUGGGUCACACACACACCUUACCACUUCUGAGUGUGCUCUUCUUAGUGAAGCUCGCUCUCUAGUGGCCAGUUUUUGUAGGAGCAACAUUUUGACUGAUGGAUUGAUGCAUUGUUUUAAGCAGAUUUCUUUUUUCACCAUUGCAUUUUAUUUUCCUUAAUAUUAUCUUAAUUUAGUUGCAUGCUUAAGUGUUUAUUUCUAGUAAACCCAUGUUGGCUUGAGUGUCAAAUGUCUUUUCUAUUAACAUUUUUUGACUGGAUUGUGCUUUGAUGCAGCAUCUUGUUUUAAACUACUUUAAUUCAGGAUUAAACAUGAAAUGUAUUCCAGUAAAAAUCUUAAAGACAGAUAACUAUGUUUUCCUCCUCAAGAGCAUAAACACAUGCUGAGCGUUUCUUCUUACGGUAUCACACAAAUAACCUACUAGUUACAGUUAUGUAUUGUACUUUUAAACUUUAUUUUUAUUUUAUUUUUAUUUUUUUGUGAACAAUAAAGGUCAGAUCUGGGAUUAA